AUGGCGCCCGCGUCGCACCACCUCCCAGCUCUCCCGUUCAUCCUGGAGUCCAGUUGUUAUCGCGAGACUUCCGCCCCACUAUUAGCUUGGGCGCGCCGCGCGCUCACUCUUUCUUCCCGCGCGGCGGCGGAGGCUGGCUGCUGGCUGCUUUUCGGAGUGCUGUGGUUUGUAGGUUGGUGUCCGCAGCAGGAGCCCGUGUCGAGCCGGCGCAGGUUAGUAUACGCCAUCCGCCUCUGGAAGGGUCGGAAAGAGGACACGGGCGUCCGGGCCUUGCGGGCGGCGGAGGGGUCGCUCUUGUGGCUUUUUCCGGGAGCGGCGAGGCUGGGCGCAGCCCCGGGAGUUGGGCCCUGA